AUGGAGAAAAAAUUCAGUUAUAGCCGUAUCUUAUCAGACAUAGGCCAACAUAUCUUGGACCAAUCCACGAACCUGGUAGAAAAGUGGACUCAUUCCACCGUCAAUGACAAGAUUCCCGUCGCUGAUUUUGCGAACAGCGAGUUGGUUGUUGACAACAAGAGUUCCAUCUCCUCUGAACUCCACCACGUGAUUCAGCUCUGUCAGUUUGCGUCUGAGCUCAGUCAAUCUGAUGUCUCCGAUGCUGAUUCGGUGUUGAGAAUUCCAGCGGUGUCUGACUUGUACAGGUCCAUCAUCUUGGACUUUUGCUGGUUCAUCACAGCCUUCAUAACAUCGACCGAUCCGCCCAUCAAUGCGUCACUGGUGUUUGGAAGCAGAAUCACUUUGCGCGGCUUCAAUGAGUUGAAUGUGAUCCGCAUCGAUCUCAAGUCAGCAAGUCCCGAAAGAUCCAAAAACGCCAGUCCGCAACGAAUGUCCACCGUAACAGGCUUAAUGGUGCGCACCUGCGGAUUCACCAACGGAUCAAGAUUAAACACCGUAUCCUUUGGUUUGGACUGUUCAAUAGCUGCUGCUUUUCUUGACUUCUUCACCUGUCUUCUGACAGUCCGUUUCUUCCUCUUACCGUUCUCCAAGUACUCUUCAACAACUUCUUCCUCCUCCUCUUCGAAAGCAGUCAACUCAGAGCCACGUAAGUUAUCCUCGCGCGACACAGAGAGUGACAUCUUCUUGUCCAGUAUAACCAGCGAACCGUCCUUGGAGCCGGACUGUUCACUCACCUGGCGCUCCCAUUCCUGGUAUAUCUCGUAUGCUGUGGUGUUGACGGCAGGUCUCUCCGUCAUCAACAAUGCGGUAUUGUGCUUGGAACAGAGCUCCAUGAAACAUUCUCGCGACAGAGAUCCGGCCUCCAUGUCGGUACCAUCGACAAAGAUGAUCUUGGGGCCAGGCUCAAGACUGUUAAGGUCUUUUAACGAGACAAGCUUGAGUCUAUUGGACUCAAAUGGAGUCUGGUUCUGGUUCUCCCAGUUCUUGAACCCAAAAUUUGGCGGAACGUGGUGGUCUAACAGCGGAAACAGCUCAAACAAACGUCCAGUUAUGGUUGUGGGUAGAAGAAUCGAUGUUCCGUUCAUCAGCGUGAGUUGCACGAGUUCCAGGAACUUGUUGAUUCUCAUUUUAUGCGAAAGAGACGAGCCCAAAUCCGACCCACUGAUCAACGUGGUGGCUCUCAUGAGAUGUGUUUGGUUGAGUCUUCCUGGGUUCAAAAAGAAAUCUUUGGAAUGGUUCCAUGUUGGAGCAUAA